AUGACCCAGCAAAUGCAGAGCUUACAACUUUCCCAGACCAAAAAGAAUAACCCUCCAUCUUCUCCCAAUGCUGCCAAGCGUCUCUAUCGGAACCUCUCCGAGAAGCUGAAGGGAAGCCACUCAUCUUUUGAUGAAGUGUAUUUCAGAGCCCGGACAGACCGUCUCAGUCUCCGAAAGUCUUCAGUGAACUUCCAGUGCUGCGAAGCCAUGUUCGAGGCUGUGGAGCAACAGGACCUGGAUGCCGUCCAGGUUCUUCUUUACCAAUACACACCGGAGGAGUUGGAUCUCAACACACCUAAUAGUGAGGGAUUAACAGCUCUGGACAUCGCUAUCCUGACGAAUAAUGUGCCCAUUGCCAAGAUCCUCAUGAAAGUUGGUGCAAAAGAGAGUCCACACUUUGUCAGCGUGGAAGGCAGAUCCGUCCAUCUGAGCAACUUAGUCCAAGAAGCUCAGCAACGGGUGAGUGACCUGUCUGCACAAGUCAUGAGUGAAAGUCUCGGCACAGACAGCUCUGAGAAGGAGAAGCAGCUGAAAGCCUGGGAGUGGAGAUACCGGCUUUACAAACGCAUGAAGUCCAGCUUUGAACAUUCCAGAGCCCCCGAGGCACCAACCAACAUCUGCCUUAUGGUAACAAGCAGCACAUCACUCACUGUCACUUUCCAAGAGCCUCAUAGCAUCAAUUCAGCAGUGGUGACAAAAUACAAAGUGGAAUGGAGCUGUUCCGAAGACUUUUCUCCUUUGGCUGGAGAAAUCAUAAUGGAAAAUCUUCAGUCUUUGAGAUGCACUAUUACCGGCCUCACAAUGGGCCACAGGUAUUAUGUCCAAGUGUACGCCCAUAACAUGAAAGGCUGGGGACAGCCUCAGACUUCCUCACCUUGCUGUGCUUCUCCUUCUAACUGGAAAGACUGUGAUGGCAGAGAGCCUAAGCACCGGGGGCAGAUUGAAGCCCUGGAACGUUUGCUGCAGCAGGUUAGAGCGUCUCGACCGAGCUACAGUUGCCGAGAUAGUUUUAAAUUGCAGAAUGUGGGUCGCAAGCAGUCUGUCUCCAGAAGCCUGAAGCAUCUCUUCCAUUCUUCAAACAAGUUUGUGAAGACUUUGAAAAGAGGGCUUUAUUUAGCUGUGAUAUUUUAUUACAAAGACAACAUGUUGGUAACCAAUGAAGAUCACAUACCAAUAGUGGAAAUUGAUGAUUCUCACGCCAGUUCUAUUAUGCAAGAUUUUCUCUGGUUCACAAAGCUGUCUUGUAUGUGGGAUGAGAUCAGAUGGCUGAGGCAGAACAUGUCUGUCUCUAUGUCCUCCUCCACAGCACUCCAAGCCAGGCAGAAAAUGCUGUCUGCAGCAGCCCAGUUACAGAACCUGUUAGGUACACACAACCUGGGCCAGAUCUAUUAUGAACCAAUCAAAGACCGUCAUGGCAAUGUUAUCAUAGUGACAAUCAGAGAAGUGGAGAGCCUCUAUUCUUUUUUUAAUGGCAAAUGGAUGCAGAUAUCUAAGCUACAGAGCCAGAGAAAAUCACUUUCGACACCUGAGGAGCCAACGGCAUUAGACAUCUUGCUUAUUACAAUCCAGGACACACUUUCCUAUCACAGAAGGAGCCAACAACGCCUGGCUCCGGGCCUUUAUUUGGGCUACCUAAAACUCUGCAGUUCCGUAGAUCAAAUCAAAGUGCUUGUGCUACAAAAGCUGCCUAACAUUCUGUGUCACGUUAAAAUCCGAGACAAUUGCAACGUGUCCAAAGAGGAAUGGGAAUGGAUCCAAAGACUUUCUGGCUCGGAAUCUAUGGAAAAUAUGGAUCAUUCUGCAGAGUGCCCAACUCGACUGUUUUUUGAGCUCCAAAUGGCAAUGAAAGCUCUUCUUAAACAGAUCAAUCUUCCUCUACAACAGGCUAAGCUGUUCCGUCUGUAUACACAGGAGGUGUUGGAAUUGGGUCACAAUGUGUCCUUUCUUCUCCUGCUCCCUGCCUCAGACGACGUCUGCACUGCCCCGGGACAGAACAACCCUUAUACCCCCCACACAGGAUUCCUUAACCUCCCUCUUCAGAUGUUUGAACUCGUACAUUUCUGCAGUUACAAGGAAAAAUUUAUUAGUCUCUAUUGCCGCCUUUCUGCUGUCAUAGAGCUAGAUUUUCUGAGCACCCAGCAGUCCCUAAGAGAAGCCAUUUCAGACAGUGAAGUUGCUGCUGCUAAACAAAGACACCAGCAAGUCCUAGAUUACAUACAGCAAAUUGAUGAGAUCUGGCGUGAAAUGAGGUGGAUCAAUGAAGCCUUGCAGUAUGCACGGUAUAGACCCACAACCUCUGGCUUGCCCCUCGUGAAAAUUCUCGAUCUCUCAGAGGAACCCCUGCAGAAGAAAAUAAGCUCAACCUCCUCCCAUCUGGACUGUCUUCCAUCCCCACCUCCUUCCCCAGAGAUAGAGAUACCAAGGAGAAAAGCUGGUAAGGAUUCCCAGCCAUAUUCCGAUGAAGAAGGUUGCUCAGAGGUAUUCCUCCCAACCGACAGUGACUACGAUUCCAGUGAUGCUUUGAGUCCGCGAGAAUUGGAUUUGGUUUAUUCGUCCUCCCAGGAUAUCUCCCACCAGGCCGUGAGCUGUUUGAGUGGUAGUGCUCCAGAUGUCCUCCAAGUCCAUGACAUCAAACCUUGCCUGACUCCAAAACAAAACCCAAGAGGGAGCAGCGUCUUCGAGACGGAGGUCGAUCAGUCUACGGAGAACAUGCAGUGUCUGUCAAUUGGAAGGCUUUCACCGAAAAACCCAGAAAAGAAUUCCGGCUCAAAGCAAUCCUUGAGUUUCCUAGGAAAAAAAAAACACGGGAAACAUCAACACUACAAUUAUUUCAGCCGACAUCAUCGUUGGCUCCGUGUACACAGCGAAACUCAGUCUGUCUCUCUUUCUGAAGGCCUCUACACUCCCCAUCUCACGCAAGCCAUGGACUACUCUCAAGAACCCACUCCUGGUGAGCAGAUCAGCAUUUCUAUUGAUUGUCCCCGCAGUACUUUCUUAUCUCAUGCUUCAAGUCUCCCAGAAGAAGGGAAAGAUAAAUACCAGGAACUGAGGCCAAACAUCCGCAGAAUAUAUGUUGAGCCUUAUAAGACCACCUUAUCCAGUGAAGAUAGCAACAACCAGUCUGGAGAUCAUACAGAUUUUCACAGCCCUUUGGGUCAGGGCAGGAUUGCAGAAGAUCAGUCUUGUUCUAACAUCACUGAAGUGUUCAGUAGCGAUCUUUAA